AAUUAUUUGAGGUUUAAUACUUCAGCUUCAACUUAUUGCAGACAGCGGCCGGUGCAACGUUUAUAUUUUUAAUAUGAUGCUUUAAUAAUUUAUUUCGGCUUCAUUUCAGAAAACGUAUAGAUAUCAGUGUUUGGUAUCAGCAGCAAUCGCUGGUUUUGUCUCUUUAAUUUUUUCAGGAAUGCAUAAGUUCUGACAAGGAAUUCGUACACACGCGUUCACCUUUAAUCUUAAUGAAGCCUCACCAAUCGUUGCAUUCUCCCAGACUCUUAUCUUGUAGCGCCCUCCAAUGGCUUCCGGUGUCAUUGCAGCACGAGUGACGCUUUUAAAACUUGUCGCAAAGCCGGAAGAGAGUCCUGUUUAUCUGCCCUGUCAUAAAUGACACGCUUUGAGAAGCGGGGAUAUAAAUGUUUAUGACCAUAAUGGCAUUUUGAUUAGGUACUACUGCCCAUAUGAAGUCAUUUAUAUAAGAUACGUGUUGUUUCUGACAGAAGACGGCGGCGGCUGUGAUAUGGGUUUUCAUGUCUUUUUCUAUAUACCUAAUGUAAUCGGUUAUAUACGGAUUCUUCUUCUUGUCGUUGCCUGGAUUGUGCAUCGGGACCCAGGCAGUUUUGUACCCCUGUAUUUGUUGUCUGUUAUAUUGGAUGGGGUGGAUGGCUGGGCGGCCCGUCGGCUGCAGCAGACGUCCAGGUUCGGAGCGUGGCUGGAUGUGGUCAUUGACAAUGUAGGACGCGGCAUGCUCUGGAACAUGCUUUACGACUGGGGCUGGCUGGUGUCUUCAGUAGAGUGGUGUGUAUUUGUGUGCAACCACAAUGCCAGAGGUGCUCAGUGGAAGAGCUCGUUCGUGGAGAGCCCGUUUUGGGUGCAGGCAGUGAUGGCAAAAGGCUUCAAGACUCCUUUGGGUAUUCUGACGAUAGCAGGGCUCCAUGUUUUACCCGUGUGGCUGUAUGGUUUCCAGUACGAGGUGCUGUCGCAGACUCUCUUUUUCCCAAACUGGCUACAGAUUCUGGGGAUCCUGGUGCUGACAGCGGGGCGAUUACUGGGCUUCGCAGUUGAGAUGUGGUGCAUCGUAACCCAUUUGAGAUUCUUACUGGAUGAAGAGGAAGAAAAGAAGAACUAGCGAAUCUCUAACGGUUCAUUUAGGAUGUAGUAAGGGUUUAGAUUGAAAUUCAUAUUUUAUGAGACUUCUGGUCUAAGAAGCAGCUGAAAAAACACUGCAUCUAUGUUACUGAGCUUGUUGCAUGUAAUUUAUUGAAAACCUAUUUAUAUUUUCUCAAAAACUUAUUUUCCUUAAUACUGCAUUUAAGGAUUCUGGCUGUAUAUGUAUUCCUUAAAUGUAGUUUAUAAGAAAGGAAGCUUUUUGCACUGUGACAGUCACAUUGUAUUUAAAAUGUUCUUUAUGCAGCAAAUGCACUUCAUGUAUUUAUUGUAUGGAGUUUUAUGGUUUCUGCAGUUGACACAGGAAUGUAUGGCAAUGUUAAAGUCAUGAGUCCGAUUUUCAGGAAAUGCAUGAACUGAUAAAAUGCCUAGAAAUGCAAUGUAAGCAUCUGAUAAAUGCAAAAAUGUAAAAAAAAAAAAAAAAAUCUAUAUCUGUGCGAAUAAAAGGCACUGAUUUGAAAUAGAAUUGUUUUGUAAGAUUAUAUUAAGAUGUCUUUACGUUUACUUUUAAUUCAUUUAAUGCAUCCUUGCUGAAUAAAUUUUACUUUAUUAAAAUAAAAA